UAUUGCUGGAGAUAACUUGCUUUUAGUCAAAGUAUUUUCUUCCAAGUCACCUGGAACUCUCCUGUGUAGCACCUAAAACAGAUGUACUAGCCCAGGAGGGCAGAGAGUAUCUCAAUACCUGGAAAUGGACAAGCCUGGUUAGCACAGAGUUUGCAGGGGUUGAAAAGGUCACAAAAGUGAAGCUGAAUAAGAGUAGUCUCAGGUUGUGAACCUUGCUGUCAGGCAUUCUAGUAAGUUCUGACUUUUCCUUGCAGGUGAUAAUUUGGGUUAUGUAUUUUUAAAAGUUAACUCAAAUGCAUUUGUGCUCUUCACAGCCAUAUUGCUGGGCUCAAUACACAAAACCCUAUACAUCUGGCCCUUACUGUUAUGAGGUAUUUUUCAAAAGGAUGAAGGACUCAGUGGAUGUCCACUGAGGUCAAGGUUAAUAUAAAUAAUCUGAAGUAGGAGAGUUGCCAAGGGAACAAAAGAUUGACCAACAAUAUUUGAUGGCUUAAGAAGGAAGGUUAACCACGAGAUUGUGCAAUUUAGGAGUUGACUUGUUGACCUUUGCCAGUGAUGUCUAAAUAAUGGAGUGAGAACAAUAGGAGAGACAAAUUGAGAAAAGAAUGAAAAGCAAGAAAGUGAAGGAUUUUGGAAGCAGCUUGGAGGAGGGACCGGGAAGGUCGCCACCUAGUGUGAAUUCAAGGUACUGAGAAAAAAGUAAAACAACGCUGACCUGAAUUUUGAAUUACUGGGGGAAAAAAAAGAAAGGCUGAAGAAAUCAGUUUAGGUCCAACCUAAUUUUUGUUUGCUCUCUACUCUCAGUCUCCAACACUUUCAGCUCCCAAAAUAUUUUCUCAACCACAACAAAGCAUAAAGCACUUGGCACUGCCUGAAAGGAUGGGCUGAAAUCGUCCAGCAGAUAAACACAGUCAUGCCUCAUUAACAUGACCUUCCAUGAUUUCAUGUGCCCAAGUCUAUUCUUUGGGCUUUGUCUUCAUUUUUGUUUGCCAAAGCAUGAUCUAUCCUGGAGUUAAGUGAGAAACUGAAUUCAUCUGGGGCUUCUUCCCUCCUGCAUGUCGACCAUUAACCUGCCCAGUUAAAAACUUUACUUUCACCUGCCUUAAGUCCCUCUGUUUUUUUCUCUUCUUAGAGUUUGACCUCAGGUAAAUUAGUAAAUUUCUCUGUGUUUCAGUACUCAUCCAAAUAAUAAUAUAUAUCCCCAUAGGGCCACUAUGAGAUUUAAGUAAUAUAUGAAAAAAAUCCAUCCUUUAAAUGUGGAACAGCUGUCAACAGGUGUUGCAUUUCCCACACCUGCAGUACAAAACAACCUUUCAAGUGUUACUACCUUCUCCCACACGUUUAGGAAGUUACAAAGUCUUAGAGACUUUACAAAGAAAACCAAACAGCCUGCAGUUUCCUCACAUGUAAAAUGGAGGCUUUGGCUAUCUCACAAGAUGACUGUUUCACGAAUAGGAUGAAUUAGCAAAUGAUCUGAUGUUUAUAAAACAUUAGUCUUCUGUCUUAUAAUGUCCUUAUUCAGUAUUAAUCUCAGGUCCCUCCUGCCUCCAAUCUCAAUAUUCCUUAAUCAAUGAUUUAUCAAGUGAUGCAGAUCAUCUGCGAGCCUGACAAAGCUUCUGUCCUCACAGGACAUGCAGUGAUGACAAGCGUUGAGGUUUAGGUCAGACUGUCUGGGUCAGAGACUCCCUCUGUGGUCUAAACCUCUGUGUACUCAGUGUCCUCAAGUCUAAGUGGGCGUAAGAUAGUACCUAUUUCCCAAUAGGGAUUAAUAAGAAAGUUGCUUUAAGUGGGCAGGGUUUGAAAAGGUGCGUUGGGUAAAGCCACUAACAGGUGUGUGGAGGGCAGGGCUGAGUCCAGGUGUAUCCUGGGUGGGCAUCUCAGGGUGAUAUUUAAUGAAUGCUGCUUUAGAGCAGCGCUGUUUUACUCAGAAAGGCUGGACCAGAGAGCGACAUGGCUUCUAACUCAGAGCCAGACAAACAGACCGAGGACGGAGAGACCCAGGAGGAGAGGGACAGCCAGUCCUGUCGGCCUCAGAGCCAGGAUUCGAACACAGGAUCUCCAGUUAAAGAUAGUCCUAAAGAAAUAAAAAUAAAAAGGAAAAAACCAAUUAUAAGAAGACGACAUAAAUUUACUCCAGAUGACCUGCAUAGACUUGAGAAGUCAUUUGAACAAAAUCCGUACCCUGAUAUUACAACCAGAGAAAAAUUGUCCAAAGCACUCCAUUGUUACUUGCCUGUAAUUGAGAGAAGUGCUGUUUUACUCAGAAAGGCUGGACCAGAGAGCGACAUGGCUUCCAACUCAGGGCCUGAAGAGCAGCCGGAGGAGGGAGUGGCCCAAGAGGAGAGGGACAGCCAGCCGUGCCCUAUGGCCUGUCAGCCUGAGAGCCAGGAUUCGAAUGCAGAGAGAGACAUGGCUUCCCACUCACGGCCUGAAGAGCAGCCGGAGGAGGGAGUGGCCCAGGAGGAGAGUGACAGCCAGCCGUGCCCCAUGGCCUGUCAGCCUCAGAGCCAGGAUUCGAACACAGGAUCUCCAGUUAAAGAUAGUCCUAAAGAAAUAAACAUAAAAAAGAAUAAAGGAAUUAAAAGACCACGACAUAAAUUUACUCCAGAUGACCUGCAUAUACUUGAGAAGUCAUUUGAAGAAAAUCCUUACCCUGAUUUUACAACCAGGGAAAUAUUGUCCAAAGAACUCCAUUGUUACUUGCCUGUAAUUGAGAACUGGUUUCAAAGCAAAAGAGCCAGACUACCACUUAGAGAGAGACGCAGAAUAUUUGCUAUCUGGAAAAUGGAUGGAUACCCCAUCGAAAGUGUCCCACUUAGAAGCCCCCAGGAAAGUCAGGUGGAACAUCCCAACCACAACAUUGAGCAGGCCUCUGGUCCUGCCCAGGAGGUUCUACUGGGUAGAGCUGGCUGUUCUUGUCUGGGGAUGCAGCAGAUUCCCACUGAGCAGAAUGGCUCAGGUGACUCUAGCCCCAUCUAUGAAACCAUGCUGUGAUUUUGAUAUCUACGGGACACAGGAAGUGAUCUGUCUCCCAGCUAUGGAUCAGAAACCUUUCUUCGUCUUCCUACAUCUUCUAUGCAGUAUUUUGAGAGGGACAAUCCUGAGCUAGGGGAAGGCCAGCCUGCAAAUCCCUUCCUUCUGUGCUAUGUAGUGUGUAGCAGGAGGAGGCAAAGGCCCAUUGUCAGUAUCCACUAUUUCAAGGACAGCUGCAGAAUGGUUGGGGAUGUUAUCUUCAGCCUCUGCAGCCUCAGAAUUACCAAGAGAAGCUGGUCUUCCAGGACCAAGUUCCAAUGUACCUGAGUCCCAGACAGCAGCAGGUGCCCUCCCUUUAGUCAUAGCAGCAGGUCUUGUUUUUUCAAGGAUAUGGAGAGUCCCUAUGCUCUCAGUUGCAGCACGCACCUUCCACUGGGGCUGUUGAGCUUGUGGCAGGCCAAACUUACUCCAGGGUGCACCCAUUUGUCCUACCAUUUCCUCUUGGAGGCCAAGAACAUUUUGAGGAAAUGGCAUCACACCAACUUAUACAUUUCCCAUAAAUGCGCUGGGCAGAGCAUGCCCACCAUCAUGCUUGCACUCUAUCCCAUCAGAUUUCCAUAAGGCCAGGAGCUGCAGGCACCGAGGGUUUGGCAGCCAGAGUGUGAUGGGGGUUGGAGUCCAGGGGUUUUGAGGGGGGCCUUCUGCAAAGCCAUCCACACCCAAGAGAAAGGAUCCUGGUGACCCAAGGAGGGGUUCUUUGCAACUUUCUCUACUGAAAACUGGGAGACUAGAAGUGUCCAAGGCCAGAUCACAGUUCUUUUAACAUCAGGUCUGGUCUUGGGCCCUUUGGUUGUGAGGCACAUGGAAGAAACCUUAGGAGAAGGAAGAUAGCACUGUCUUUGGAGCCUAAAAUGGGGACUUUUUUCGCUUGGAGGGGGAAUUAGGAUUUACUUCUUAGCACUUGAGGUCAGAGUUUAGGCUCUGAAGAUAACUAACUGUCUGAGCCUGUUUCUGGCAAGAGUAUUGGGACUCAUUCCAUGGCAUUGGGUCUUCAUGCAAGUGGGAGUGUGAAAUGAAACUGCAGAUAAGACCCCAAGCUCUCCAGACAAGACGGACUGCCUGUGGCUGACAGAGCUGUGCAAAUUAAAAUAGUGAGAGCCCAGCAGCCAUGGAGGGUCAUAGAGGAGCACCCUUGACAUAAGUAACUCCAUCUUAGACAAAUAUCCCACCUUACCAUUUCAAAAAGUGUCAUGCCAACAGGGAUGAGAUGUUCAGAGAUUACACCUGACCAGGUAGAGGCAUAGCCCUUUGCUGUUGGCCCUCACCAACGUUCUCAAGGAGCGUAAAAACAACAGAACGUCACUAGUUGGAUUCAGCUGUCUCCACAGGCACCAUCUUGCUGUCACUCAAGAUCUGCACCCAGCCCCUGCUGCUGAAAGCUCUGCCCAAAUAAAGGACUCUGCUGUGAGAACUGUCUGGAACAGACCAGGGCAUUAUGCCUGUCCAUGUUGCACUUCUCGGACUGGUUCCUUAACCCCUUUCCUAUCCCCUUUUCUCUUGACGCUAAAUGUUACUUUGUGGAAAUUUUAGUCUAUGACGUGUUGAUUGAGUAUAUUGCUAUGUGUGGUUUGCAAUAUUGACUGACUCAUGGAAUGGCUGGAGCCCGUGUACCCACGGCUCACUGCCGAGUGAACGGGCAGUACUAAGGACAGUUGCCUCCUUGGGAACUUGUGGCUUUUAUGAUUGAAUAUGCAUCAGCAAAAGUCUGGCCUUGUGGAAAGACCUAAACAUGUGGGGACCUGGUUAUGUUUGACCUUGUGCCCUUUACAACGUAGGGUGAAAUAAGAAUAAUCACACACCCUUUGUUCCCAGUAAGAGCAGCUCCAGACAAAUGUCUUCUCUGUUCCUCAUAACUAAGAUGGUUCCUGAAACCAGAGCUGAGACCCUGUGGCCUGAAAACUCCGCCCACCACUGCCUGAAAGGGACAUCCAACGGAGACCUCUGGUUUGGGGCUUAAAAACUAUCCACUUGGGGCUCAGUUAUUUUCAAUCAAUCAGGUCUGAAUGAGUUUAAAUCCUUCAUUUGCAUAUGUAGACCUGAUUGAGGGCUAGGGCAGGAACUUUUCCUAUUAAGCCAGAUACCUUUCUGUUUCCCUAGAGCUGGCUUUU